AAUUAUUAUUAUCACACUCUUUUCUUCCUCCCUCUCUCUCUCUCGAUCCAUCCAAACCUCCCUUUCUCUUUUAAGUACCCACCCCACAUCCCACCAUAACCCCAAAGUAGACUCUCCCACACUCACUCCCCAUGGCUACUGAGGAAGUCACCAAGCCUCCCAAUCUCCCUCCUUAUCCUGAGAUGAUACUGGCGGCGAUCGCAGCUUUGAACGAGAAAGAAGGGUCCAGCAAGUCGGCGAUAUCGAAGUACAUCGAGUCGUCGUACGGGGAGCUGCCGCAGUCGCACUCGUCGCUGCUGACGGCCCACCUGGCCCGGAUGAAGGAGAGCGGCGAGCUCCUCCUCGUCAAGAACAACUACUUGAAGCCCGGGCCCGACGCGGCCCCCAAGCGGGGCCGCGGCCGGCCCCCAAAGCCCAAGCCCGUCCUCCCCCCGGGCACCGUCCUCCCACCUCCCCGCCCCCGCGGCCGCCCCCCUAAGCCCAAAGACCCCCUCGCCGUCGCCGUCGCCAAGGUCAACAAAGGCCUCCCCAGAGCCCGCGGUCGCCCGCCCAAGAAGGUCCGGCCUGCAGUCUCUGCCGCCGCCGCUCCGGCUUCCGAUGGUGCUCCGGCGAAGAGGGGCCGAGGCCGGCCGCCCAAGCCGAAGCCGGUGGUGGCGAACGAUGAGGCCUAACCUGAAGGAAGCAGUCUUAGGGGAGGUCAACCGCUAAUGAGAGCUCUAAACUUAUUGUUGUUGUUCGCUGUUUCUUUUUCUUUUCAUCUCUAAUUGCUGCUGUGGGGUUCUUAGAAUGGAUAGAUGGAUGGAUGAACUCCGUUGUUGUGUUUGUAAUUUGUAUGUACGUUGUGGUAGCUGUACCUGUUGACUGUGUUAUUGAAAAUGACUGACUGAAUUAAUGGUGGUUAUCCCGUUUUUUAGUUUUUUA